GUGGAAGCAAUUACGUGAUUCCAUUCAAAUUCAGUGUUCCAUAGUUACUACACUAGAUAAAGAGUUUAGGCGGCAGCAGCUAGCAUCUUGUAGCAGCAGCAUGACCCCGAGACUGAUGUGCGUGUUGGUGGUGUUGGUCGCGGCCUGCAGCUGGUCACUCACGACUGGCUCCCGACACACGCUGGUCGCAGACGACGCUGGCGGUGACCAAUAUCUGCACAGCGGAGAGGUUGAGGACGCAGAGCGACAGGAGGUAUUUCCCAACACGACCCUGGAGAGGGCGUUCCUGCGUGACGUCAUCAGGUCAGAGGUCACGGCCAUGCUGAAGAAAGCCUGGCCCAGACUGUUCCCUGCGACGUCGGUAUCCAUGCGGAAGAAAGACAAGUUAACUUUUCCUCGACUAGGAUAGCUUCAGUGAAACGAAACAAACGGCGAAGACCACAGAGUGCCAGAAGAAGUGAGGCAAGCACCGUGCACCUCGUCGUGUUAUUAUACGGAGACGAAACAGAGCCAGAAAUGUGAUCAACGGUCACACCUUACAAGGAAAUUCAUAGUUUGUGGCAUAUAUAUAUGGACACACGAGAAAGGUUCCCGCCUCAAACAAAGGAAAAUGACAUCUGAGGCAGAACAUAGAUACUAGCCUAUGUCGUUCAAUAAAUGCCACUAAAA